GAAAAAGAAAAAAGAACAAGAUUGAUACUUUCGUUUUCAUCUCAAUAUCUUCUUUCUUCACCAUUAUCAGUUAUAAUCACCACUCACUCAAUUUCUGCAGAAAUAUCUAAUCUUUACGCCCCUGGCUUCUAUCAUCUAGGGUGUACUGCCUGAAAUCUAAUUAUCUAAGAGCACACAUGACGACAACAACGACGCCGUUUGGGGCAGCGAACACGGCGGUGCUCAAAGAGCAGAAGAUCCAGAUAAGGAGCUUUGAUGGUUUGAGGUCAUCAAAUUCACUUGCUUUGACCAGACAUCUUAACGUCUUAUCUGUUCCUUCCUCUUCUAGACCUUCGCUUAUUCGAGCUGUUGCCACUCCAGUGAAGCCAGAGACAGAGACUAAGCGCAGUAAGGUCGAAAUAAUCAAAGAACACAGCAAUUUCAUUAGAUACCCUCUUAAUGAGGAGUUGGAGACAGAUGCCCCAAAUAUCAAUGAGUCUGCUACACAAUUAAUCAAAUUCCAUGGAAGUUAUCAGCAAUAUAACAGAGACGAACGUGGUGCUAAAUCUUACUCAUUUAUGCUUCGUACUAAGAACCCUUGUGGCAAAGUCCCAAAUAGACUUUACUUGACCAUGGAUGAUCUUGCUGAUCAGUUUGGAAUUGGAACACUUCGCUUAACAACUAGACAAACUUUUCAGCUCCAUGGUGUUUUAAAGAAGGACCUCAAGACUGUAAUGAGUAGUAUCAUUCAUAACAUGGGUUCAACUCUUGGUGCAUGUGGCGAUCUCAACAGGAAUGUUUUGGCCCCUGCUGCUCCAUUUGCAAGAAAGGAUUAUCAGUUUGCACAGACAACUGCUGAUAAUAUUGCAGCACUCCUAACUCCCCAGUCUGGUUUUUACUAUGAUAUGUGGGUGGAUGGUGAGAAAAUCUUGUCAGCAGAACCUCCUGAGGUAGUGAAGGCCCGCAAUGAUAAUUCUCAUGGAACAAACUUCCCUGAGUCACCAGAGCCUAUUUAUGGAACCCAGUUCUUGCCUAGGAAGUUUAAAAUUGCUGUCACUGUACCAACAGAUAACUCUGUGGAUCUUUUCACAAAUGACAUUGGUGUUGCAGUAGUUGCUGAUGCUGAUGGCGAGCCUCGGGGAUUUAACAUAUAUGUUGGUGGUGGUAUGGGGAGAACACAUAGGAUGGAGACAACUUUUCCACGUCUGGCUGAACCAUUGGGUUAUGUGCCAAAAGAAGACAUUUUGUAUGCAGUGAAAGCUAUUGUUGUUACACAACGAGAAAAUGGGAGGAGAGAUGAUCGUAGGUACAGCAGAAUGAAAUAUUUGAUCAGCUCUUGGGGAAUUGAGAAAUUUAGAAGUGUUGUUGAGCAAUAUUAUGGAAAGAAAUUUGAGCCCUGCCGCGAGUUGCCUGAGUGGGAAUUUAAAAGUUACUUGGGAUGGCAUGAGCAGGGAGAUGGCGGUUUGUUUUGUGGGCUUCAUGUUGACAGUGGUCGUAUUGGAGGGAAAAUGAAGAAAACGUUGAGGGAGAUAAUAGAGAAGUACAAUUUAGAUGUGCGUCUCACACCAAACCAGAACAUCAUCUUGUGUGGUAUUCGCAAAGCAUGGAAGCGCCCCAUCACUGCAAUCCUUGCACAGGCUGGAUUACUGCAACCCAAAUAUGUUGACCCCCUCAAUUUAACAGCUAUGGCAUGUCCAGCUUUACCUCUUUGCCCCCUAGCAAUAACUGAAGCUGAAAGGGGAAUACCUGAUCUCCUCAAACGUGUUAGAACUGUAUUUGAGAAGGUUGGCUUCAAGUACAAUGAAUCAGUGGUAAUAAGGGUUACUGGCUGUCCCAAUGGUUGUGCUAGACCAUACAUGGCUGAACUUGGAUUUGUUGGUGACGGUCCAAACAGCUAUCAGAUUUGGCUUGGGGGAACACCCAAUCAAACUGCAUUAGCCAGAAGUUUCAUGAAUAAGGUUAAGAUUCAAGACCUUGAAAAAGUUCUAGAACCUCUUUUCUAUAAUUGGAAACGGAAAAGGCAAUCUAAAGAAUCAUUUGGCGACUUCACCAACCGUAUGGGAUUUGAGAAACUUCAAGAGUGGGUUGACAAAUGGGAAGGUAUAGUGUCUUCACCACCCAAGUACAACCUGAGGCUCUUCUCUGAUAAGGAUACAUAUGAGAAAAUCGAUGAACUUGCAAAGAUGCAGAAUAAGACUGCUCACCAGUUAGCCAUGGAGGUUAUUCGCAAUUAUGUUGCUGCCCAGCAAAAUGGGAAGGGUGAAUGAGGUAUUCACUUGCCCGCUCCACUGAAUGGUACUAGUAGGUUUUGGUGUGAUUUUGUAUCACAGUUUUGCUCGCUGAGGCACUUAUGAGGACUGUACUCUAUAUUUUCAUAAAACCCAGGCCGUGUAUUCCAUCAAGCUAAUUUAUCAAAAAAGAUUGUUUUUUCA